GAUUCGCGCCCCGCAGUCAUCAUCGUUGUACUUGUUGUCGUGUCAAAAGUUCCGAGUUUUUGGAUUGUUAAAUACAUUUAAGUUAAUCGAAUACAUACAUUCUUCUCUUCAAUCAAAUUUUACAGCGUUACAAACCAGUCCUUCAAAAUGCAGUCUGGAAUAACAGCUUCCCAAGAGCUUCACACAGCGUUCAAAACAUUCGUAUCUACGGAAUCGCAAAGAGGUCUUCUCUGUACUAUCACUGGGGAAACUCUCACCCCUUCCGCUAUCCUUGAACCCUCAACUUCAUCCUUCGACAAUGAUCUUGACCUCCUCGCACCUCAUCUCCAAGACAAAGCUGCUUUAUACAUAAUACUUCGUCGCUAUCCCUCUAAUGAUCCCGCUCCUUUCGUAGCCAUAACCUAUGUUCCCGACUCCGCGCCUGUGCGUCAAAAGAUGCUAUUCGCUUCCACACGUCUUACCUUGGUUCGAGAAUUGGGAAUUGAACGAUUCAGAGAAACAAUAUUCGCGACUAUGAAGGAAGAGUUGACAAAAGAGGGCUUCGCUAAGCAUGAUAAGCAUGUCAAACUGGCUGCGCCGUUAACAGAAGAGGAACAAAGUCUGGGUGAGGUAAAAAGGAAAGAGGCAGAAGAAGGCAGAGGUAUGAAUGAGAGGAAGAGUCAUGUAAGUAGCGGCAUUAGCAUGCCAGCUACGCCAGAGGCAUUAGAGGCCUUAAAGGGGCUCAAUCAGGACGGUGCACACAACCUGGUUCAGAUUAAAAUGAACAUUGCCAAAGAAACCAUGGAACUUGCUUCAAAAACACAAACAUCUAUCUCAGAAAUCAGCAGCACUAUAUCUGCCACCGAGCCUCGAUUCUCUUUCUAUCGCUACACUCACGACCAUAACGGCUCAACUUCCUCUCCAAUAUUGUUCAUUUACACAUGCCCUUCAGGUUCCAAGAUUAAAGAACGAAUGAUCUAUGCAUCAUCGUCUCGAUCCGCUCAACAAUUGGCUGAGUCGGAGGCAGGACUCACCAUUGAGAAAAGACUCGAAGCUGGAUCUCCCGAGGAUAUUUCUCAAGAAAGUAUCGAUUCCGAUUUACAUCCUAAGACAGAGGUGAAGAAAACAUUUGCCAGACCUAAGAGACCUGGAAGAGCAUAGAUAUUUAGGAUAAAAUUUCGACUCCUGACACAUCAUCAAGCGGGAGAAAAAGAUAGCUUUGGUUAAAGAGUUUAUUGGUGCUCUCUCUCAUAUGGGACAAUAUUUAUGCGAAGUAAUCAUUCCUAAAAUACCAUAUUAUACA